CCAACGAAAUCCCAACAAUCCCCUCCAAAACUUGUUCCUCAAGGUGCUUCUGUAUACCAAAGCUAGGGAAAGAGAGCGAGAGAGUCGGAGACAGAAACCGAGGAAAGGAAGUGAGAAAUAGAUUGGAAGAGGGUAGAUCCGGAUCGAUAAGAAGAAUGGAGUGCGUUUUCGGACUGGUGGGCGAAGGGUUCGCCGUCGUGGUAGCGGACACGUCGGCGGUUCACAGCAUACUUGUGCACAAGUCCAACGAGGAUAAGAUCAUGGUCCUUGACUCUCAUAAACUCAUCGCCGCCAGCGGCGAGCCCGGCGACAGAGUUCAAUUCACGGAGUACAUACAGAAGAACGUGGCUCUGUAUCAGUUCCGAAAUGGGAUUCCUUUGACCACCGCCGCUGCAGCUAACUUCACCCGAGGCGAGCUCGCCACCGCCUUGCGCAAGAACCCAUACUCUGUGAAUAUCCUUCUGGCUGGCUACGAUAAGGAGACAGGCCCAUCUCUUUACUACAUUGAUUAUAUUGCUACAUUACACAAAGUCGACAAGGGUGCAUUUGGUUAUGGGUCCUAUUUUUCACUCUCCACAAUGGACAGACACUACCACAGCCGCAUGUCAGUAGAAGAAGCAAUCGACUUGGUUGAUAAGUGCAUUAUCGAGAUAAGAUCCAGGCUGGUCGUGGCACCGCCGAAUUUUGUCAUCAAAAUUGUUGACAAGGAUGGAGCAAGGGAGUAUGCCUGGCGUGAAACCGUCAAGGAUGCUGAUGUGGCUUCAGCUUGAAUCCUUUACUUGGUCGUUAUUUUUUUCCUCCUUUUUGUUGGGUGUUUUAAAUUUCUCCAUAAACCUGGAUGCGUAGUGUUUGAUAGUGGUAUUGCGACUGGAUAAUUAAUGCAACUCUUUUGUCGAUCUCUUUCUU